CUGUCAAAAAAUUGGCAUUUUAAGAUCCUAACCUCUAGAAGUAUGAUAGAAAGGUUCUUCCAACACCAGUAUUGGAUUGAGUAGCUCACAAGUCCUGGCUAGUUUUUACGCAAGUGGUCAGGGCAGGGGCAUCUAUGGUGAUUGGGUGCAAAGUCGAGCAUCAGCUCGUGCAGCCUAUCUGGCUUGGAACCGAAGAAGCAGUCGCAAAUAUGUAUUCCGAAAUGCGGGAAGAGGCUCAUGAUUAUGCUGCGCGCCUAUGCAAUGCAUACUUUGAGAAGGCCCGCCAGGGAUACAUAAUUGGCAACAAGGCCUUCGCAAAAGAGUUGAGCGUCAAAGGACGGUUGCACAAUAUGCAAAUGAAAGCAGAUCAUCAGAAGGCUCAGGAAUCUAUUUAUCAUCAGAGGAAUUUGGAGAUGCAUAUCAAUAAGAGAGAGAUGAUUAUUGACCUGCACGGGAUACAUGUGAGCGAAGCUAUUUACGUUCUCAAGCAUGGUGAGCUUGCCGUAAUGAAGAAUGCUGCGAGGUCAGUAGACCAGCCUUUGUGGCUUUACAUAUCUGUCAGGGGCAAGUCACCACACGAGGGGUUCACAUGUUUCCGUUGGACUUCCUACUGCUGUUCAGCACUACCUAUAAGAGGAAGAAGGCCUUGACUGCACUGAGCUGCAACCCAGACUCCUUCGAGUUGUGGUCAGGGGCAAAAUCAAGGGUCAAGUUCAGCUAUGGUUGAUCGCGAGCAUUGAAAGUUUACUAUCGACGGCCAACGUCCGUAAUAGUGUGAUUUUUUAUUAAUAUUUAAUUAAAUAAUAUUCAAAAAAUCGUAUGGAUUAGAACUAGAUACACCAUUAGAACUAAAAAUAGGAACGAACUUUCAUUUUAGAUGAAAAAAUUGUUCCAUAAUCUGGAAAAUGCCUUAAUUUAUUUUUG